GUCGGAGGUGGCUGCUUUCAUCCCAAAGGUCUGCCUGAUUGGUGGAACCACACAUCAUGUUCGGGAGCAUGUUUGGCGGGGAUCGCCCCGAUGCGUCCGUCACGGGUGCUGAGACGGUGGAAAAACUUUGCGUGCGGCUCGAGUCGGCUUCGCUGCUUGAGGAUCGCCGUUCCGCCGUCCAGGGCCUGCGCGCACUGGCCAAAGAGUAUCAGGUUGAAGUUGGUUCUCAAGGCAUGACACACCUGGUCGACGUCUUGCGGCACGACCAUCAGGAUACAGAGAUUGCCAACCAUGCCUUGGAGGCCUUGAUCCAAGUCACCACUGCCAAGGACAAGAAUGAUGAUGGUGAUGUUGGGAUCAUGUUUACAGAAAUGUUUGUCAAAGAUACGGACAAUGUUCUACUUCUUCUUUCGCGGCUCAGCACCGUUGACUUUCAUGUGCGCUACAAUCUAUCACGACUCCUCACCAUCCUGCUUGAGAAUCGACCCAAGCAGAUGCAGCAAUGCAUUAUCCAGCAGCCCGUCGGCAUUUCACGCCUAAUGGACCUGCUGGACGAUCGGCGCGAAGUCAUCCGCAAUCAGGGUCUCUUGAUCAUCUACGAGCUCACCCGCGGCAAUGCAGACGUGCAAAAAAUUGUGGCUUUUGAAAACGCCUUCGAGCGAAUGUUUCGCAUCAUUGCUGAGGAGGGUCACUGCGAUGGUGGCGUCAUUGUGCUUGAUUGCCUUCGCUUGAUGCAUAACCUAUUGUACCUCAACCCAUCCAAUCAAAACUACUUUCGUGAACUGAGCUGCGUGCAAAAGAUCCCCGGCUUUUUUGCCGUGCUCGAAUCCUUUCAGAAACAGGAAUGGCCCGAAGCCACCGUGGAUAACAUCCAAGCCAUGCUGCACAUUGUGCGCCUGCUGGUUUCGCCCACCAACACCCCCAACUCGCGCUUGGCUGCGCAGGCGACCGUGCAAAGUUGUGGUCUCUUGGAGCAGCUCAUGAACCUGUCGCUAGCUUCCUCCCUGCCCAAACGCGAGGAGGCCCUGUUGGCAGUUGCCGAAACCAUCCGUGGUCCGUUGAACAUGCCGCCCCACGCUGGUGCUGGUGUGGAUUGUUAA